UUUUCAUGAGCAAGCAUCAUUCCGAAGACGGGCUUUUGGCUGAACACCCUGCAUAGUACUUAGAUUUGAUAUCAAUUCGACCUCUUCUCCAUCAUGACAUCGACACUUGUAGCCACUCGCUCGAGGAUCCCGAUCUUCCGCGCCGCAAGACUCGCCAGUAUCCAUACAAAGCCAAGAUUACCACCACUUAAUAUAAAGAUACCUUUGGUGAAGAUGGUGAACAAACCUGCUUCCACAGUCCGCAACGAGAUCGGAGCUGUCCCGACCAGUAUGCAGCAACUAGCGGUUUCCAACACCUUGAUUCUCGAGGCCCCCGGUGUCGACUUGACCCCGUACAACAAGAUUCUUGUCGGCGCUGUGUUAGAUCUCUUCGAAGGAAAGCCUACCCUUAAGCACCUGUCCCUCUGGAAUCCUGACGCCACUUUCGUCGACCCCAUAGCCACGGCACAGGGGUACAAUCAAUAUGCCGCACAGUGGUAUGCUCUUGCGCAAGUGCUCAGUCCCGUUAAAAUCCAAUCCCACGAGGUUGUCUCAUCCGGGAAUCCGAUCGAGAUCAAGCUCCACAACAGAUACACAUUGCCACCAAUCAACAAAAAACAGGAUAUUCACAGCUUGGUCAAGAUUUGGGUUGAUGACAAUGGCAAGAUUGCUAGAGUGGAGGAUAGGUGGGAUGGGGAGUUGCCUGAUGGAGCGCUCAAUGAGACAGUGUUUUGGUUUGCCAAGGCCGUGAUGCGAAAGAUGAGGAGUCUGCUGGAUGCUGCAUUCCGGGCAUAUUGCAGUGCAGCUUGGUGGCUACUUCCUAUUACGGCUUUGCGAAAGGCAUUCGCAAUGACCAUACCCGUGAUGGUCAAGGUCCCCAAGACUGAGGAAGAGGACAUUCAGAUGAGGGCAAUUUUGGAAGGGUUCCAAAACAAGAAGGAAUUAAAGAUUUUAUAGUCUGCUUAAAGCAACUUGGAGGGAACUUGAGCAGCAACAAACAACGGCACCUGCACAAAAUCUGGUGCUGAGGCUUCUUGUCCGCAGCCUGGUAGACUGCGGCUACACAUUUGCCAUUAUUUGACAGCAUUAGCAUGUUCAGAAAGAAGUUCCGUUUCGAGACUGUGCCGACAGCAUUUCUAAAUGAUUAGCUUGUUUUGGAGUGCAUCGAGCACUUUCUC